AUGAAAAUAUAUUAUAUUGGUAUUCUUCGCAAUAAUACAGAAAAGGCAUUAGAAUUGACUGAAGUAAAAGAUCUUUCCCAAUUUGGUUUCUUUGAAAGAAGCAGUGUUGGUCAAUUCAUGACUUUCUUUGCUGAUACUGUAGCCACAAGAACUUCUGCAGGACAAAGACAAAGUGUAGAAGAAGGAAACUAUGUUGGCCAUGUCUAUGCAAGAACCGAAGGGAUAUGUGGUGUUUUAAUCACAGAUAAAGAGUACCCAGUUAGACCUGCAUAUACUUUAUUAAAUAAAAUUUUAGAUGAAUAUUUAGUAGCCCACCCUCCAGCUGAUUGGGAUUCUGUAACUGAGACUAACGAAUCGUUGAAAAUGAAAGAUUUAGAACCAUACAUCAGCAAAUACCAAGAUCCAUCUCAAGCUGAUGCUAUUAUGAAAGUACAACAGGAAUUAGAUGAAACUAAGAUUGUUCUUCAUAAAACUAUAGAGAAUGUGUUACAAAGAGGGGAGAAACUAGACAAUUUAGUUGAUAAAUCUGAAUCUUUAACUGCCAGCUCCAAAAUGUUUUAUAAACAAGCUAAGAAGACUAAUUCGUGUUGUAUAAUCAUGUAG